UCGGCGGGCGCGGGGGGCGCGGGGCGCGGGGUGUCCGAGCCCGCUGCCACCGAGCGCUGCCCCGGCGCGGCGCGGGGGCGUCCGGCUGUCGUUCGGGGUUGUCGGUCGAGGUGUCCGCGCUGGUCCCGCCUCCUCCGCCAGCAAAACAAACCCGCCCCGUCCCGCCCGCGCGGUGCGGCUGUUGCGCGGAGCCGCCGCGGCCGCGGGGGCCGGGCCGGGCCGGGGCGGGCGGCGCUGGCAGCGGGGCCGGGGCGGCCAUGAGGACCGAGAUCUCCACGGCGGCCGCGUUCGUGACCCGCCUCCUGCGGGCCGGCGGCGGGGUCGGCGAGGAGCAGCUGCGGUGCUUCCGCGAGCGGCUGCAGGAGGCGAUGCGCGAGCACUACAAACACCACUGGUUCCCCCUGAUGCCUUCCAAGGGCUCCGGGUACCGCUGCAUCAGGAUCAACCAUAAGAUGGACCCCUUGAUAGGAAAAGCGGCGGGGAUGAUCGGACUGAGCCACGAGAGGCUCUUCCAGCUCUUACCCAGCGAAUUAACUCUGUGGGUCGACCCCUUCGAAGUGUCCUACCGCAUCGGUGAGGAUGGGUCUAUCUGUGUGCUGUACGAGAGCCCUCAGCCUGGGGGGAAGGCGGCCAAACAGCUGGAGAGCAGGACCAGUUGCAAGGAGGAGUGGAGAACUGGCAGAUCCAGCCCUUCCAAGAGUUACAACAUGAUGACGGUUUCUAGUUAAAAGCAACUCUUCCUUGUACAAUGAUGUAUGUAUCCCAGUCUCAUGGUAAAGUUAGAUGUAACUGAGCUUUUUGGUUUUUUUAUUUUUUUUUUUUUUCACCCUAUAGUCAUUAAUAAGUCGUGGUAGUACUGCCAAGUUCUUUGUGGGCAAGGGCUAAUGUAUACAGCAGUUUUUACACUGCAUGUUACUUUCUGGAUUGUGUCCUGUAAAUGCACUGUACAGUCGGUGGAUUGUUUUACACAUUUAUAUUUUCAAAGAAGUUCUGGCUAUUUGUAAUAAAAAGCAAUAUUGUAGCACUCUUUAUGAUGGAUUUUAGUCAAGAUUAGCACUUACUAAAAAAAACCCCCACAUUCUGCAAUUUGCAGAGCAAUAACAUGAAGGGAGGUGGGAAACAGAUCUAACAAGCUGCACAUAAAUCUUGUGAUUUGUCUGCACAGGCUUCUCUCAGGGUCAUUCAAGUUUGGCUGCGAGGCACAAAUCACAAAAGUAACUCUUAUUUUUCCUUUUUCAAAGCAUGCAUUUAUUUGAGGGAUGGAUUCCAUCGUACUCCGACGUUUAGCAAAAAGAAUUGGGGAAUUAGUCUGUCUUGUUAUUUGUAGUUAUUUCAGUAGAAGAAUAAAGACUUGCUCAAACUGC